GCAUGUACAACUGGAAGAACCACUUCUUAUUAAUUAACCCUCAAAGAAAGAUUUGUAAAAAAAAUGACCCCCGAAGACAAAAUAGAAGAUUUCUGUAAUGUCACAAACGCGAAUAGACUAGCCGCAGCAAACUAUUUGGAGCUGUCUGGCGGAGACGUUGCGCAAGCUGUUUCUCUUUACUUAGAGAUGGGUGGACAAGAUCUUUCUGAAGUUGUAAAUACUAGUACUGCUACAAAUUUUCAACAGUCCACAUCAGCAACUCCCGCAGACGCUGAAAGAAGAAGUUUAAUCGAUUCAGAUGCAGAGCUAGCGAGGGCGCUUGCUCAACAAGAUAGCCCUACGAUUCGAGCUCCCAUCGCGCCCAAACGCGAAAUUCUCGUUGGUGGUGAUCAAAAUGACCAUGUCGGUCUUGAUGGCGGAAUGAUUAGGAGAGGUGUACCACGCAGUAAUCGUUCACGUGAUAGUAAUUUUCAGACCCAGACUUUCGCAGGCAAUGCUUUACCUCAUCGAAUGGGGCCUUCUGAGGCUACUAGCUUGGUUGACUUAUUCAGUCCGCCUUUCGAUAUCAUAAACAAAGAAAACUUUGAAGGGACACGGAAAAGAGCGAAAAUUGAGAACAAAUGGGUAAUGGUUGACAUCCAAAAUAUAAAAGAAUUUGCUUGUCAGGUGCUCAAUCGCGAUUUAUGGCCCAAUAAUGCGGUUAAAGAAGUUAUUAGAGCUGACUUUCUUUUCCUUCAAUUUAAUUCAGAAAGUCCCGAAGGACGACAAUAUAUAAAUUACUAUCCUAUUGACAGUUAUCCACAUAUCGCAAUUAUAGAUCCAAGAACUGGUGAAAGGGUGAAAGUAUUGAAUGCUAAUAAACUUUCACCCAAUGAAUUUAUAUUACAUAUUACGGACUUUUUGGAACGCUAUUCGUUGAAUGAUCAAAAGAAACUGACACCUCCUACGCCGAUUAAAGGCCCUGCCAAACCGGUUAUAGCAAUGAGUGAGGAAGAACAAAUAGAGGCAGUUAUUAACAGGUCACUUGAAGAAGAUAGAUCUGCAUCUGAAUCUAAUGAUGAAAUUGAAGAUACAGAAGAGGAGGAAGAUUCAACACCUGAAGAACCUAGUUCGAUAUUUGAUUCCAUUCAGCCUAUUGAAAGAGAAGAAGCUAAAGGUCCUACAACAGCAAUGAUAAAAUUCCGUUUAGCGGAUGGACAAACGGUUAUUCGACGGUUCGAAAAGAUGGACCCUGUCCGAUAUUUAUUCGAGUUCAUUAAGACAGUUCCCAACUUAAAAGAUCAAGAGUUUGAGCUUGUUUGUCAUAGGAACAAUUUGAUUAAUCAAGUCAAUCAGACUGUAGAAGAUGCAGGUUUAUCAAAUUCUCUUGUUAAUGUAGUCUUGGGAUAAUAACUCUUUAAAAGGACGUUAAUUAAAGGAAUUGAUUUACAAUUUAUGGAGAAACGUUUUUUGCUUUUUUACUUUAUUAACGAGAUUAUGAAUACGUGUUUUCGAGUACAAUAUAUACAUAUUAAGUCAAGAUUACCUUGAAACACUUUGGAAAUGUCAAGUUAGGUCAAAAUUUAAAUGUAAAGUUUAUGAAUUUUUAUGAUGAAUAAAAUUUUGUUUCCACCUUAUUGUUUUAUUGAUAAAAUCAAAGUAUAUUUUUUUUUAAAAAAAAAAAAA